AUGGAAGAUUCGGAAAGUAAUGUUUCCUAUUCUUCUUCUUUUUGUGAAGAAAACGGAGCUUUACAGGAUGAAUUUUUCGAACUUUUACUAUUAAAUGAACUUAUUGAUACAGGAUUACUUGAUAAUUCUGAAUCAGAGUAUGAAUGAAAUGAUAGUGAUGCAGAAAAUGUUGAUACAGAUGACAAAAUAUUGGAGUUUUUAAGUCGUUUAGAUGGAAAAAUACUAGAUGAAAUAGAUCCUAUUCAGGAAACCUUCAAAUAUAGGAAGACUGAGGUGAUCAUUGAUGAUAAGAAGACAAUCGAUAAGAAAAUCCUGAACACAGAAAAAUAA